AUGGUAGAUGUGCCGGAGAACGGCUACGGCGACGGGUUCGGGUGGAAGUUUCUGAUCGACGCCACCCUCACCGCGACCAGGAUCCGAGAACGCGCUCUGGAAGAGAUAGUCGUCCUCACGACCGACCUCAUGCUCGCGGGCGAAGACUCGGCGAACGAGGCUCGCUUCUUCUCCCAGACCGCCGAGGCCCUGGGGACGCAGCAGGCCCCGCCGGUGCCUCGCAUCUCGCUGGUGUUCGUGGAGGUGGUGGGCUCUUCUUCCUGCAGCGUUGGUGGGGCGGGGGCGUCGGACCCGCUGACCGGGUGGAACGGACUUCAACGGCUUCGGGAGGGGGCCAAGGACCGGGGCAGGGCGUUCGCGCUCGACCUCAUCGAUAACACGGCGGCCAUGUUCGAUUCCCAGCUUCGGUGCUGGCUGAGAGACUCUUCCCCGCGGCAGGCCUGCUCUCUCCGCUUGCCGGCGACAGAGACCUUCAGCGGCGUCACCAUCGAGGUGGAGAUGACUCACUACCUGCUGGACCAAAGCCGGGUCUUGCCUAAGUCGUCGCCCGGCUCCCCGGCGUCGCUGCUGCACAAGGGGUUUUCCAAUAUGAAGGUCGUCCAGGUGAGACGCACCGGGGACGGUGGGGUGGGGGCAGAGGAGGAAAGGGUAUUGUAG